GAAUAACCAUGGCCGAGACGGUGGACUUCGCGAGCAGCGACGGGGAGGCGUGGCGCGCUGCGCUGGCCGCGUACGACCGCCGGCUCGCGACCCUGGACAAGCCCGACCUCCUAGAGGCGGACUCCUUCUACCGCCACGACCUCCCCCUUCUGCUGCGCCGCCGCGACCCGGACCCCUACCUCGCCAAGUCCGAGCUGGUUCAGCUACUCCAGUGGAAGCUCUCGCGCGGCAAGUGGAGGCCGAGGCUGAUGGAUUUCGUCAAAAGCUUGGGUGAUGCAGUUGUAGAAUCAGCGUCGCGCAAGGCGUUUGCAGCGCUGCCCGACCUCAGCAAGGCCAUCACGGAGCUCACCGUGCUCAAGGGCGUUGGCCCCGCCACUGCAUCCGCGGUGCUCGCUGCAUAUGCACCUGAUGUAGCGCCAUUCAUGUCGGAUGAAGCGAUGGUAGCCGCCUUGGGUAAUGCAAAGGAGUACACUCUGAAGCAGUACCUAGCAUUCGCUGAGAAGUUGCAGGCUAAAGCGAAGGAGCUGAGCGUGGGAGGAGAAAUCUUCACGCCUUCGGAUGUUGAAAGAGCGCUGUGGAGCUCGGCAAUCGCCUCCAAGCCAGUGAAGAAACCAGCAAGUGGCAAGAGAAAACGAUGACUUGUGCUGUACUACUAGCUAUAAUCGUUUGCUGGUUGUAGGCCUUAGAUCGAUCUUUGUAGGUUGUAUGACAUGUACUUGAUGCAUUUGGAUCAGCCCAAAAUAUUUGUUAGGUGUGCACCUGCUGAGCUUGGUAUUUGGCUAUCAGAGGAUGACCUCGUGUAUCCGACCAAGGUUCUCUCUUUUGCUAUCAGAAGAUGACCAAUGUAGCCGCCUAUAAAAUUGUCAUCAAAUCCAUAGAACUCGAUUCACAAUUUUCUUAGACCUAUUACAG